GCUUGAAUUCUGCUGCACGUCGUCUGUACACAGAAGAUGGUAAAUUGAUAUUAUCCAAGGAUGAUUUGAUUCAGUGGGCCAUGGAUUGCCAGUCAGUAGCAUCAAAUAAAAAACCAAACUGAAGCAGAUGUAGAGACACAAAACAGUCAAGGAGUCAAGCCAAACAGAGAACACAGGAAUGCAAGACCUAGUAGUGGCAGCUUGCAACGCAGAGGAAGUUUUGGAAGUGCCUCUGAUCUGAGGACUGAAAUCAAUCUUCAUGCUCUACUCAGACAACCAAUAGAAGUGUGGGUAUCCAGUGGUGAACCGUUUGUCAAGCCAAAAACUGUUGAUAAACUACGAGCUGUAAGCUCACAGCACAGAGAGGAAAGAACUGGUGUCAGUGUUGAACUGGACAAAGAAAAGCAUGUACUCAGACAGAUGCAAGGGCGUCGUACACACAGUAUGACAUACCCAGAGCUGAUACCAACAAUGGAUACUGAAAAUCCAGUAUCAGUAGAAGGAGGUUGGACUCAGCCAUCUUAUCAAGAAAAUAAGAAAGCAGCACAAGUACAAAUGCUAGAGAAUCACUUGCAUGAAAUGAAGGAACAUCAGAGAAAGGUGGAUCCCAAUGUAACCCGAGCAAGUGAUGAUUACGUGACCCAGAAUUUGUAUAAGCAAUCAAACAUGAAACGUGUUUAUGUCUAUGUCAAUGGUGGUAAUGCUGAGAGAGCUCUGUAUGCAUGGGGAGAAAACAUUCAAGAACUAUUGGACAGUGCUACUGAGAGAAUGACUCUUCGUCUUCCUGCUAAAAAGCUGUACAGUCGUGAUGGGCUGCUUAUUCAACAUUUUGAUGAUAUUGAGAAGGAUCAACUUUUAGCUGUAUCUUGUGGAGAACCAUUUAAGGAUACUAGAGGUAAUAAACAAGACAUAGAGAGAAAAGCUGAGUGGGGUCGUAUACGAAAGAAAGAUGGCCCACAUGCUACAGAUAUCAUAAUAUCAACUAAUAAGAACACUUCAGUUGAGGUUGAUCCCUUUGGACCACCUGUUCUAGCACUGGAGUCUAAUGGUAUUGAGAAAGAGCCACCGUUAUUCAGCAGAACUCCACAACCUGACUUUUAUUACUAAGAUGCAACUGAUAUUUUUCCUGUAGUACAGUAAUUCACUUAGACUUUGAUUUAAUAACUUGUCAACUAAUCUGAAUUAUGGUUUUGUGUACUCCUUCAGGGUUGAGUUCCUGUAAAUGUACAAGUUUCUCUGUGUACUUUCACUAUGAUGGGUUAUAUACCUUUUCACUCACACAUGUAUGCAUUACAAAUGUUUAUAAUAUGAAAUACACAUGCAAUCGAAUGGUAAAUAAUUACAUACUGGUAAAAUCAGCAACAAUAAAAUAAAUAAUCUUCAUGUAUGUUUUGCUUGCUGCAGAUUGAAAUAAAGUCACGAGAUGAAAUUAAAUCGCUAAAAA